AUCCUUUCAACGAAAAUGGCAUCCAUUGGUAUCAUCAAGUCGUACCCUCAGAACCCUCGUGCCGCCAAGGCCGUGAUUGCCGCUGCCUACAAUGGCGUCGAAGUCAACAUUCAGGACUUUGACAUGACCCAGCUUAAGGAUGAAGCUUUCAUUUCCAAGUUCCCCAUGGGCAAGGUUCCCGUUUUCGAGAGCCCUGAAGUCGAUCUCUUUGAAUCCUCCGCCAUUGGUUACUAUGCUGCUGCCAUCAAGGAGAACUCUCCCCUUGUCGGUGCCAAUGCUGUUGAGAAGGCUUUGAUCAUGCAAUGGGUUCUCUUUGCUGACAACGAAAUCAACAACAACGUUGGUCAGUGGAUCUACCCCUUGAUGGGCUACAUGCCCUACAUGAAGCCCACCGUUGACGGUGCCAUUGAAAAGACCAAGAGAGCCAUGGCUGCUUUGGACAAGAUCUUGUUGACCAAGACCUUCCUUGUUGGUGAAUCUGUCACCUACGCCGAUAUUGCCCUUGUCACCUCCCUUGUGUUGCCCUACAAGGUCGUUUUCGACAAGGCUUUCCGCUCCCAGUACAAGAACGUCACCCGUUACUUCAACACCCUCGUCAACCAGAAGCACUUCAAGGCCGCCCUUGGUGAAAUCACUCUUUGCGAGACUCCCUUGAAGUACACUCCUCCCAAGAAGGAGAAGAAGGAACCCAAGAAGGAAGCUCCCAAGAAGGAAGCUGCCAAGAAGGAAGCCGCUCCCGCUGAAGAGGCUCCCAAGCCCGCUCCCAAGCCCAAGUCCGCUCUUGACUUGCUCCCUCCCUCCAAGUUCGUCAUGGAUGAAUGGAAGCGUAUGUACUCCAACAACGACUCUGAUGUCGCCAUGAAGUGGUUCUGGGAACACCACGAUCCCGAGGGUUACUCUCUCUGGAGAGUCGACUACAAGUACAACGACGAAUUGACCAUGACUUUCAUGUCCAACAACUUGAUCGGUGGUUUCUACGCUCGUCUUGAACGUGCCAAGAAGUAUGCUUUCGCUUCCAUGGUCGUCUGCGGUACCAACAACAACAACACCAUCUCUGGUUACUUCCUUAUCCGUGGUCAAGAAGUGCCCUUCGAAGUCUAUGAUGCUGCUGAUUACGACUCUUACUCCUUCAAGAAGAUCGAACCUUCUGAAUACGAAAGCAAGAAGGAUGAAAUCUACAAGUACUUUGCUUGGGAAGUUGAGGGUUUCGCUGAUGGCAAGAUCUUCAAGUAAAUUUUUUUUCUCCAUCACUCCCACUGUUUUUCAUGCAUCAUGCCAAAUAAAAUUGUAAUCGUUUGCAGUUGUAUCAAGUCCACUUUUCCCGUAAUAAAUUGUCAUCUCUCGUAUUAAUA